AUGGCUUCUAUCCGAGCCAAUUGCCGCAAGGUCAUGUGUAUCGGGCGCAACUACGCCGAUCACAUCGCUGAGCUGAACAAUACAACCCCCAAGCAGCCCUUCUUCUUCCUAAAGCCCCCAUCAUCUAUCCUGCUCCCCGGCGCUGGUCCAAUUCUCCGCCCUAAGGGCGUCAGUCUCCACUAUGAAGUCGAGCUCGGUGUCGUGAUCGGCAAGACUCUCCGAGACCUCGACCCGCGCGACGAGCAGGGCGCACUGGAUGCGAUUCAAAACUACAUCCUGGCCAUCGACAUGACCGCGCGCAAUGUUCAAGACGAAGCGAAGAAGAAGGGCCUCCCCUGGUCUAUCGCUAAGGGAUUUGACACCUUCCUACCAAUCUCCGAGGCGAUCGCCAAGUCUCGCAUCCCUAACCCCCAUGACGCCUUCUUGCGCCUCCGUGUCAAUGAGGCAGAGCGCCAAGCCGACUCGACUAGUCUCAUGUUGCAUAACAUUCCAUCCCAAUUGGCUCAGAUCUCCCGUGUAAUGACUCUUGAGCAAGGCGAUAUUGUUUUGACUGGUACACCGAAGGGAGUUGGCGAGGUCAAGGCCGGUGAUAGGCUGCAGGCUUCCAUUGAGGUCGGCGGUAAGGAGAUUGAGGAGGGCCGCAUUGAUGUUGCGGUUGAGGACCGCAAGGGUCGCUAUGAGUUCAAGGAGACUUGA